AUGGUUCUCAUUGAGAAUCAAGAGUACCUCUGCGAAGAGGAGAAGCGUCUGAAGCAGGACCGAGAACGCACCGCCUACUGGAAGCGAUGGGGCCCCUACGUUGCCGAGAGGCAGUGGGCAACUGUCCGCGAAGAUUACUCCGCUGAUGGAGAUGCCUGGAGCCAUUUCACGCACGACAUGGCGCGGUCGCGCGCCUUUCGCUGGGGCGAGGACGGCAUUGCUGGUGUGUCUGAUACACACGGCUUCCAGAACAUUGCCUUCGCUUUCUGGAACGAGAAGGACGAAUUUCUAAAGGAGCGCCUUUUCGGUUUAUCCAACCCACAGGGUAACCACGGCGAGUCGCUCAAGGAGUGCCAUUUCCACCUGGACAACACGCCAACUCACUCGUACAUGAAAUUCCUGUACAAACUUCCUCAGCGGAAAUUCCCAUACGAAGAACUCAUCGAGACGAACGCGAAGCGAACGCGGUUGGACAAGGAGUACAACCUCGUUGACACAGGCAUCUUCGACGAUGACCGGUAUUGGGACAUUUUCAUCGAGACUGCGAAGGAAGCGGACGAUCCAGAGGAGAUGUGCUUCCGAGUGACAGCUUACAACCGUGGCCCAGAACCGGCGCCGCUGCACAUUGUACCUCACUGUUGGUUCAGGAAUACCUGGGCAUGGGGCCACGAGGACCCGAGUCUGAAACCCUCAAUCACCAAGAUUGGCCCAACAACGGCGCAGUCGAAACACCACAAGCUGGGUGACCGCUACUUCCAGCUCUCCCCGUCCCCUGGCACCGGCCCGAGCGGCGAAGACGUACAGCCCGAGCUUCUCUUCACCGAUAACGACACCAACUACAAGGGGCUGUGGAACGUGGAGAACAAGGUUCCAUAUGUCAAGGACGCUAUCCAUCGCCGCAUCGUGGACGAGCAGAAGGAUGCUGUCAAUCCUGAGAACACUGGUACCAAGUGCGGUGCUUGGUACGCGUUCGACGAAGGCGACGGUGUCCCACCUGGCGAGUGCGCUGUAGUCCGCUUCAGGCUCUCAAAGAGAAACGACGGAUUCCUUGACGAGGAGAUGUUUGACGACAUUAUAGAACAGCGUCGCGCCGAAGCCGACGAAUUUUACUACAGAAUCAGCCCUCUCCCAAUCGCUGACGAUUUGCGCAACAUCCAGCGUCAGGCAUUCUCCGGCAUGAUGUGGUGCAAGCAAUACUACCACUUCAUCUGGGACCAGUGGGCUAACGGCGACCCUGGCAUGCCUCCUCCACCACCCGGUCGCAAGGCUAUACGCAACAAGGAGUGGAAGCACAUGUACCUGGACGAUAUUUUGUCCAUGCCCGACUCUUGGGAAUACCCCUUCUUCGCCGCAUGGGACAGUGCUUUCCACUGUAUCACACUCGCCAUGAUCGACCCCGACUUCGCCAAGAAGCAGCUCGACCUUUUCACACGUGAGUGGUACAUGCACCCGAACGGGCAGCUACCGGCAUACGAAUGGAACUUUGGCGACGUGAACCCUCCGGUACAUGCCUGGUCGCUAUUCCGGGUCUUCAAGAUUGAGCGCAAGAUGUACGGACGUGAGGACUUUGAUUGCCUUGAGCGCGUAUUCCAGAAACUGUUGCUGAACUUUACGUGGUGGGUCAACCGAAAAGACGCUGACGGAAAGAACAUCUUCGAAGGUGGUUUCCUCGGUCUCGACAACAUUGGUCUCUUCAACCGUUCAGACCCAUUGCCGACCGGCGGUACCCUGGAGCAGGCCGACAGUACUGGCUGGAUGGGCUUCUACUGCCUGAACAUGCUGAACAUCUGCCUUGAGCUCGCCAAGCGACGACGCAUCUACGAAGACAUGGCCUCCAAGUUCUUCGAGCACUUUUUGAUGAUCAGCGACGCUAUGCAAUUCCGCAGCGACGGCGAGUCGAAGCCGCUGUGGAACGAGGAGGACGGGUUCUACUAUGAUGCCAUCUCUUGGGGUGGUCCAUGGAGCCAUCAGAUGCCCGUCCGUUCUCUGGUCGGUCUCAUUCCUCUGUACUCGACUAUGACGCUAGAGCCGGAGGUUAUCAACCGCCUGCCCAGCUUCAAGAAGCGAGUGGAAUGGUUCAUUGCUCACCGUCCCGAAACUUCGAAGCGCAACAUCCAUACGCUCUCCAAACGUGGUAAGGGCGACCGCUUGCUUCUGUCACUUGUCAACGAAGACCGACUGAAGCGGAUAAUGAAGAGAAUGUUGGACGAGGAUGAGUUCUUCGCCGACCACGGGAUCCGAUCGCUUUCGAAAUACCACAAGGAUCAUCCCUAUAGCAUGGACGUCAAUGGUCAGAAGUAUGAGGUAGCUUACCUUCCCGGUGACUCAGACAGCGGUCUCUUUGGUGGCAACAGCAACUGGCGAGGUCCCAUCUGGUUAGCCGUCAACUUCCUACUCAUCGAGUCUUGCCAGAGGUUCCAUCUCUACUAUGGCAACGAUCUCAAGGUUGAGUGCCCUACGGGGUCGGGUGACUACAUGCAUCUCGGCCACGUUGCAGAGGAGAUUCAACAUCGUCUUCAGCAUUUGUUUGCUCGCGGAGAUGACGGUAGAAGGGCCAUCAACGACGGCAACCAAAUGCUCGACUUUGACCCGAACUGGAAAGAUUACAUGUGGUACCACGAGUUCUUCGAUGGUGAUACCGGCCGUGGCUUGGGAGCGACGCAUCAGUGCGGCUGGACCGGUCUGAUUGCGAAGAUGAUUCACGACACUGGCAUGACGUGCCGUCUGCCACAAACGCCGCGCACACCUACAGGCGCUGCCGACCAUUACUUCGACGAUGUGUUCACCACGACAGGCAAACCAGCGAAGCGCCAGACACUCCGCCGAUCUUCUACUAGCCGUAGCAUAGGCUUCCGAAGUGACUGGGGAGAGACAUCAACCAACGGCGAAGAGGAGGACGCUACAAGCCCGAUCAAACGCAAGAACUCGGUCGGUGUACUGGACCAAGCCGCCCUUGACCAGAAGUCGGCAAUGGAGGAUCGUCUCCACCAUUACGUAGCUGGUCAACUUCAGCGCAUCAAGACCGGCAUGCAGGACUACGAACCGGAUGAGUUUGAGACCAUGACGGACGGUGGCUCCGACUCGAGGCCGCAGACGCAGAAUGGUCGUCGCAACGGACGUGGCCGUGACAAAGGCGACUAUUUUGAGCAAGACCCGUACUUCAGCAACAACCCGCGAACUCGCGCACCGUUCAAGCCGUCGAAGAAUCGAGGCACCAGCAGCUGGCAGCUGAAGCAGUAUGCCGAGGCCACACUCGGUAGCGGCAGUCUAAGGAAGGCUGUCAAGCUACCCGAAGGCGAGGACAAGGACGAGUGGCUUGCCGUCAAUGUCGUCGACUUCUACAACCAGAUCAACCUGCUCUAUGGCUCCAUCACAGAGUUCUGCUCGCCACAAAGCUGUCCUGAGAUGAAAGCGACCGACGAGUUUGAGUACCUCUGGCAAGAUUCCGAGAAUUACAAGAAGCCUACCAAGAUGCCCGCACCCGAAUACAUUGAACACCUCAUGGCAUGGAUACAGUCCAAUGUCGACAACGAGUCCAUGUUUCCCUCGCGCAUCGGCGUUCCCUUCCCCAAGACAUUUCCAGCGCUCAUCAGGAAUAUGUUCAAGCGUCUAUACCGCGUCUACGCACAUAUCUACUGCCACCACUACCCCGUCAUCAUCGAGUUGGGCCUGGAGCCUCAUCUCAACACCAGCUUCAAGCACUAUGUGCUGUUCAUAGACGAGCAUGGGCUGGCAAGUGGGAGCAAGGACUUCUGGGGACCGUUGGGUGAUUUGGUGGAGAGCAUGCUGAGAAGUGAUUGA